UCAUAGCAUUUUUCCUCUAGUUCCCUGGAAGGCAAACAAGGAUGCGUAGGAGGAAGUGAGACACUUUUAUCUCAUAAAACCUUUUAUAAAGUCAGCAUGCAGUUGUCUUCCUCUAGGUACAGCUGUACCAUGCAAUAUCUUGAUGGCCACCUGGCUGUGAUCGCUUUGCAGGACUGAUGGUGCAAUUAGGGAUGUGUCCUCAAGUGCUUGGGGGUCAAGAUGCUCAAAUAUCAGCUCUUUCUUUAAAUGCUGACAUGCAGUCAGGAGGAGCAGCAUGCUCCUGGAAUCGAUAUGUGCCCAUCAUUAUUUCCCCAGUGUGCAGAGCUGUGACUUGUGAGCAGCAGGACAGGCUGCAGAGCUGGUGUCCCGGCUGGAGAGAGCUGAACUGCGGCAGCAUGGAGAAGAACAAGGCAGCGGUCUUGCCAUUUGUGCAGACUCCAGAUGUCUACCAGUUCAUUGAAGGAAACAAAAUUGAAACUAUUUCAAGAAAUGCAUUUCGUGGCCUUCGAGACCUGACUCACCUUUCUUUGGCCAAUAACCAGCUCAAAGCUCUGCCAAGGGAUGUCUUCAGUGAUUUAGAUUCUUUAAUUGAACUAGAUUUAAGGGGAAAUAAAUUUGAGUGUGACUGCAAGGCCAAGUGGUUGUUUUUGUGGUUAAAGAUGACAAAUUCCACUGUUUCUGAUGUCCUGUGUAUUGGUCCAGCAGAAUAUCAGGAUAAGAAGUUAAAUGAUGUGACAAGUUUUGAUUAUGAAUGCACCACUACAGAUUUUGUUGUUCACCAGAUUUUGCCCUACCAGUCAAUUUCAGUGGAUACAUUCAACUCAAAGAAUGACGUGUUCGUAGCCAUUGCACAGCCCAGCAUGGAGAACUGCAUGGUGUUGGAAUGGGAUCACAUUGAAAUGAAUUUCAGGAGUUAUGACAAUAUCACAGGUCAGUCCAUAGUGGGAUGUAAAGCCAUUCUUGUUGGUGACCAAGUCUUCGUGGUGGUGGCACAGCUCUUUGGUGGCUCACACAUUUACAAGUAUGACGAAAGCUGGACGAAGUUUGUCAAAUUCCAGGAUAUCGAAGUAUCUCGCAUUUCCAAGCCAAAUGAUAUAGAGCUUUUUGAGAUAGAUAGUGAAAUGUUUUUUGUCAUAGCAGAUAGCUCUAAAGCAGGUUUGUCAACAGUGUACAAGUGGAAUAACAAAGGAUUUUAUUCAUACCAGUCCCUUCACGAGUGGUUCAGGGACACUGAUGCUGAGUUUCUCGAUAUAGAUGGGAAAUCAUAUUUAAUCCUCUCUAGUCGUUCCCAGGUUCCCAUUAUACUCCAGUGGAACAAAGUCUCCAAAAAGUUUGUCCCACACAGUGAAAUCCCCAACAUGGAAGAUGUCUUGGCUGUGAAGAGUUUCAGGAUGGAAGAGAACCUGUACAUCACACUCACGAGAUUCAUUGGUGACUCCAGAGUUAUGAAAUGGAACAGCAAACAGUUUGUGGAGAUACAGGCUCUUCCAUCCCGAGGAGCCAUGACGCUGCAGCCUUUCUCCUUCAAGAACAAUUACUACCUAGCCUUGGGAAGUGACUAUACCUUCUCCCAGAUAUACCAGUGGGAUGGUGAAAAGAAGAUCUUCAGAUUAUUUAAAGAAAUCUAUGUGCAAGCACCACGGUCUUUCACAGCUGUGUCAACGGAUCGAAGAGAUUUUUUCUUUGCCUCUAGUUUUAAAGGAAACACUCAAAUAUUUGAACAUAUUGUCAUUGACUUGAGUUUAUGAAAAGCUGCUGAAGUGAAAUUCAUGUAGAAUGACAUUUAUACACAAACAAAACAAAACGAGACCUUUCCAAAACCAGGGUGCACCUAUGGAGUAUGAUGACAUUUUCUGAACUUUUCAAACUUGCAUAUUAAUCAGGGAUUGCAUUCACUUGGUUACUGCAUGACAUGUCUGUUUUAUCCUUUUUCAAAGACACUUUGCAAUCUGCAGUCAUUCAGAGAAGAGUGCAGUGCAUUAGGAUUAAUUUAGACAUCAAAGAGAAUGAUCUAAAUUUUACCCAGAAAACUACCUUGAAUUGAACAUCUCAUAAAAAAGUGAAGAGUAAGCCAUACAAGACAUAGAAAUGACUUUGACUCUUACACGAACAUGUUAGUGAUGAUUUUAAGAUUAGAGCCAAUUCUUCAUGGCUGCUGAUGAAUUGUAAAAGUGAACAGUAAUGUUCCAGAAUACACUUUAGUUUUGUUUCCUGAGGUCUGUCUUCAAAAAUCUCUCUUUGUGGUUUAUAGUAAGACUGGGGUAUCAUUUUAAUUCACUGUAAAUUAAAAGGAAAGUAAAAAUCUAUUGCUAUUUUUCUUCCAUUGAUCACUAUUUCAGCAACAAAUUGUGUGUAACAAAUAGCCCAGCCCACAGUUACGGGGUAGCCAGGAAAAGAAGGGUAUGUCGCUUCUAGACUGUGAGAUCUUAACAAGAUAACAUGGACAGAUAAUACCAGAGGUCUGCUUGGUGUCAUGAAUGAAGCGACUACGAAUUCUGGCCACUUUCUGUUUUAUUAGAUAUUUCAGCAAUCCACCCCAUGUUGCCCUAAUUCACACUUUUCCUGAUGAUCCCAGUAGAUUUUGGGAUGUUGUGGCAAGUAAAUCUGUAGUGAUCUCUCAUUCUAGAAGGCACAGCUUAAGUUUAGCAUGAAACACAUGUCCACAUUCGGUUUCUCCAUGGUGUAGCCUCUCUGUACAAAAUGAGAUGAUUUAUUCUCCAGUCUUCUCCCUUCAGCACCAGCUCACAAGCAAUAAAUUCAGGUUUUGGGCACCACAAGCUGUAUUUGAGGAAUCCUCCUUCUGGCUGAGGUCUAAAUGUGACUUGGGUAUCACUGAGUCUUUUCAAACCAAGGCAGCUGGAGCUGUUCCAGGCUAGAGCUAACCCUGGCUCCAAGAAGGGUUUCCUCUUGGUAGCUCCAGGCUUUUGCCAGGCUACCAGGCCACUGAAGGUUAAACAGACCACACUACAUUGUUGUUUCGGGUGGCUACAGACAGGCAAUUCAGUCAUCCGGGGCAGUCCUGGCAUGCGGAGCCUCUGUCGGGAUAACAGCUAGGGACUUUUCCUGGAAAGGCUUUCCACCAGCCUUACCCAACAAAGCUGUGUAUCAGAGGUCUUGUUUGUUCAUUUACACAAUAUGUUUCUUUAUGUUUUCAUAGUACUUAGCAUAUUAGGUUGUUUUAUCAUGUCUUGCUGCUGCCUCAGAUAACGAGGAGGCUCUGUGUAAAGCAGGCAGGACAAAGGAAACUGUCCUUUGUUCCUUCAUACUCAGGGCUAUCUCACCAUCUCCGUGCUGAGUGUCAUGUUUUUGCCCUGGACAUGUGAAACAUGGUCUGUUGUCACAAGCUGAGAUGUUCGCACAGGCUUUCCAAUGUCUGAGAUGUGAACAGUGCUGCAGAAGAGGAUUAUGCACAAGGACUCCUGUGAGGAGCCAAAACCUACCAGUGACCUGGAAUAUCACAGCCUUCCCCAACUGCUGCCUCGCUGCUAUGAAAUAAAAUUAUUACUGUCAGAGACCUAACUAAUUUUAUUGUGGUUUUAAAUGAUGUGUUAAAUAUUUUUUCCUGUAGAAGUGCUCAUCUUGGUUUUAUUUUUAAUCAAUCACGUUGGCAAUUUAGCCCAUUCAGCCACCUGAAGUAUUGUGCUCUGCCCUCCAAAUCCCGAAGCGGUGUCAGUCAUGUUGGUUCAGUCAGACGAGAAGAUGCAAAUCAACCCUCUGCAGCAGGUUUUAGCAAUAUCUCUUCUAGGAUGAAGCUAACAAAUCAGACAAAAUGAAGAGAUGAAUCAUAUGUCUGCUAGUGAAUGCAAUUUCUUACCAUGUGCCAGUUUACUUUUUAAAGUGUGCAUGGUUGGCAAACGAUGUUUCUUCAAACUGUGUUGUGGGAAGGCAUUCUUUAAUUGCUUUUCUAUCCAGUGUGCAUGUUUAAAGAGAGCCAGAUGUUCCGCCAAGGAGGGGCAUUUCUCAGAGUGCCAGAACUUUCUGUUGGGGCUCACUGUGAGUACCAUCCAUUCAGCAAGAGGCAUCAGUCAGAGCUAAGAGCUAGUUUAGAGAAAUUGGAUCUUGUCGUUUUUUACAUGAAGGAAAGCAAGCAGAUGGGGAAAAGGGCUUAUGUAUCCAAUACCAGGAGAUGGUACUCUCUCAAGAGCCAAGGGGAUUUUUAGACUUGGCUAUCAAGUUGAAUUAAAUUAAAAUGGUCUCUGCAGAGACAGGCUUAAUAAAGAGGAUAAAGUGAUCCGCAGGAGUCUAGCUCAUUCGCAUGGGACCAGAAGAAGAAAGUGAGGGAAAUGAAUGCUGUGGGCAGGCUGCUGCUUCUGAGUAGCCGCGUGUGUUGGGCAGCAAGCCCAGCUCAGCAGCACUCCUGGCCGCAGUGGUCUCGGGGUCUGGGGCGGCUGACCUGCCUGUUCUGCUGAGUUAGUGCAUGGGAGGUCAAAGUAGCUGAGAGGAAGGGAAGAAAAGCACCACUUGAUAAAGGAAAGAGAUGAUGGUACAUUUCUCAGGGCUAAACAGGCAGUGUCUCAGAAAGAGCCUUCUUCUGCUCUUUCUGCUCCCAAGGAGAAGCUAUAGGACGCAGCCAUAACAGCAGAAAUCACCAGGCAUCAAAAGUACUUUGUACCUUCCCAAAUGCAACAAGUUUUAUCUCCACGGCCUACAUUCUAUAACGGAAAUUGUUUUGAGUAAUAAAUAAACUAUAUCCAUAAUUUACUGCAACUGUUAGACCAUCAGAACAGUGAGAAAGGAUAACAGAACAUGCCACCUUGUAAUUUUUGAUGUAUCCUAAAAGACAUACAACUAUGUAAAGAACAGUAGUUCUUUAUAAUAUAAGCAUAGGUUUAAUACAAUGUGCUAGCUACAGUGGGAGCAUUUUAAGGCUGUAUAGACAUUGCGCUUUUUUUAGUAAAGAGGAGCUGAUGCAAUCUAUGCUACUUACACAUGUAUGUACUAUUUCAAUAUAUGAAUAAAAUGUAGAUAAUGAGAC